AUGGCCGUGCCUCGUCUGAGCGGUCACCCUGAAAUCGGCUACAUGCCGGACUAUGAUAGCUAUCUAGCGCGCGGGAAGCGAAGACAGGAGACGGAGACUCUCGACAAGAAUGUUCCGGAAGGAUUUCCCUCUCAAUUAAACGGCAGUCUUGUAUGGGAUCCCAGGUCACUGGCCAAUACCUACGACUGGAACUACCAUCUCACUGCCGAGGAGCUUGACGAGAUCAACAAUGCCCUCCGACACUUCAAAUCGCUCAAUAAGCCAAUGGGCGAACUCUCCCCGGCCACAUUUCCCUUGCCCAAGUUACACAGAGCAUUACGCGAAAUCUCCCAUGAAGUUCACAAUGGGCAUGGUUUCAAGGUCCUUCGUGGUCUACCAGUGGACAAGUACACUCGGGAGGAGAACGUUAUCAUUUACGCCGGCUUGUCGUCUCAUGUGGCACCUAUCCGUGGUCGCCAAGACAGUACAUGGCAAGGCAAGCCUGCGGAUGUCCUUGUGGCCCAUGUCAAGGAUCUCAGUCACGGCCGCGACAGCCAGGACAUUCCCGGCCCGGUGGUCACCGCAGAUAAGCAGGUAUUCCACACUGAUGCUGGCGACAUUAUUGCACUGUUCUGUCUGAGUGAAGGCGAAUCAGGCGGCGAAAGCUUUCUUGCCAGUACCUGCCACGUGUAUAACAUCCUUGCUGCUAGGCGCCCGGACCUGAUCAGAACCCUUUCUGAGCCUUGGCCUUUUGAUGACUUCGCCCCAACUGGUGAUGUCUACAAACUGCGACCACUACUCUACUACCAGCCCUCUACCGAGACCGACCCCGAGCGGCUUAUCAUCCAAUAUUCACGAAGAAACUUGACAGGCUAUCGGGACUGCAAGCGGUCGGCGAAGAUUCCACCGCUUACGGAAGCACAGGCAGAGGCGUUAGAUGCUGUUCAUUUUACCGCUGAGGAAAAUUCCAUCUCAUUGGACUUUCACAAAGGAGACAUCCAGUUCGCUAAUAACUUGAGUAUUCUACAUGCCCGAGCAGCCUUUACUGACUCCAUCGAGAAGCAACGUCACCUUCUCCGACUUUGGUUGCGGGAUCCUGAAUAUGAGUGGAGAAAACCCAAAGAUUUACAGGAGCGAUUCGAUCGGGUUUAUGCAGGCGUUACUAUUGAGAGUUCAGUAUUCCCCCUGGAAGCUACUAUUCGCAGCAGCAAUGUUGCUACAUAG